ACCCCAAGGAUCAGGCUAGGGAGAGGCAGAUAGCUUUGUCUCCCUCCUUCCCACCUGCACCAUCCUACCCCAAUUCUAUCUCAAUCAUAUCAAUGGGGAGGUCUCCUUGCUGCGACGAGAACGGCCUCAAGAAGGGGCCUUGGACAUCUGAAGAGGACCAGAAGCUCACGGACUACAUUGAGAAGCAUGGACAUGGGAGCUGGAGAGCGCUGCCCAAGCUUGCAGGACUCAACAGGUGUGGCAAGAGCUGCAGACUGAGAUGGACCAACUACCUGAGGCCUGAUAUCAAGAGAGGAAAGUUCACACCUGAGGAAGAGCAGACCAUCCUCCAGCUCCACUCCGUCCUUGGCAACAAGUACGGCACACCUAUCAAACCUCUUGCUCGUAUAAUCUUCAAAAACAUAUUGCUAACACACAUAAACUGUUGUGCUGAUCAAACCAGGUGGUCAGCCAUCGCGAAGCACCUCCCUGGACGGACCGACAACGAGAUCAAGAACUUCUGGAACACCCACCUGAAGAAGAAGCUCAUCCAGAUGGGCUUCGACCCGAUGACGCACCGGCCGAGGACCGACUUCUUUGCCGCGCUGCCACAGCUCAUCGCGCUAGCCAAUCUCCGCCAGCUCGUGGAGCAGCGCCCCUGCGACGACCAAAGCGGCAGCCAGCUGCAAGCCAAUGCAGUCCAGGCAGCAAAGCUCGAGUAUUUGCAGUGCCUGCUUCAGUCCGCAGCAGCCAUUGCGACUAGUCCCAGCUCCAGCAGCAUCAACACCAUGCCCACUGACCUGGAGCAAAUCGGCCUCCUGAGUCCUUCGCAGAUGUCAUCCUUGUCUUCGAUGUCGUCUCCAAGGAUCAUGGAGGGUGUCAAUGGCCAAGACUUGGUUUCCGGGCAAGUGCCUGACAUCCAGAUACCUAGUAGCUCUUUCUUCGAACACGAACAGGCUAUCAUCAAUUGUACCAACAAGAACUCAGAUUAUAGUGCAAACAGCGGUGAGGGGGAGAAACUGCUGCUCCUGUCAGAGGACUCCCUUCCGCCACUUGCCGACUUCCCUAUUUGCAACCUCGGCGAUGCUUGCAGCACCUCAAGUUGUGAGGCUGUGGGCAACAGCACCCAGCUCCCUAUUUGGUCCGACUCAUUUUAUGAUGAGUUCAUGAGCGAGUUUGCAUGAAUUAUGACUGCACAA